AUGACUUCUCUAAAGAAAAAACUCAGUGAAAUAUCUGUGCUAGUUACAGAAGAAGAGAUCCCUGACUAUGGAACAAAUGUUGAUGAGGAGCACUCUGUCGGUGUACUCACAAAUAAAAAUCAAUUUGGUAAUUCCUUCUCAUCAGUUCCAAACUUUGUAUGGAUAGAAAUCUCCCUUUUAUCUAAUGUAUUUCUUUCCGGAUUUGAUGCCACUGUUACAGCCUCAACAUAUACCACCAUAGGUAACGAAUUUCAAGCUGCAAAUUUGGCUUCAUGGAUCACCACUUCUUAUUUGAUUACAUCGACUGCAUUUCAACCUCUUUAUGGAUCAUUUUCAGAUGUCUUAGGUCGUAGGCAGUGUGUAUUUUUUGCCAUAGUUCUAUUCACAGUGGGGUGUUUAGGGUGUGCAAUUGCACCAACCCUUACAUUUCUUAAUCUUCUGAGAGCAUUAGCUGGUGUUGGAGGUGGUGGACUUUUGACCUUAGCUACUGUGAUUAAUUCUGAUAUAGUUCCGCAGGAAAAGAGAGGGUUAUUUCAAGCAUUCCAAAAUUUGGCCAUGGGUUUAGGUGCUGUAUUCGGAGCUUCAUUUGGUGGGGUCAUUCUGGAUAGUGUAGGUUGGAGAUGGUGUUUCUUUAUGCAAAUUCCUCCAGCAAUACUAUCCCUUCUUGUAGGGUAUGCAUAUUUACCGGAGAUAAAAUUCACUCAUCCACACACGGUAACUAAUAAGCAAAUCCCUAGUAGAAAUUCAUCCGUUGAAAAUUCAUCAACUGAUAAUUUACUACAAACAAACGAUGCUGAAGAAUCCAAUUCCAAUGGUGGGCCUGCUAAUUCCGAAGAUUGUACAGGUAAUCGUAUAGAAUAUGGUGUUUCCUUGGCUGCUGCGAAAAUUGACUAUAUGGGAUCACUUAUUCUUGUAUUGUCACUUUCCAUACAAGUUGUUGUCCUCACACUUGGAGGUGCAGAGUUACCAUGGACUUCUGCAAAACUUAUUUCCUUGGCAACGGUCGGCUUUUUACUUCUAGCUUAUUUCAUCCAUCUAGAACUUAAACCCACUACCCUCCAUCCAAUCAUUCCUAUUGCACGAUUUAAUGAUUUAUUUUCAAUCUUAAUGCUUGCUCAAAACUUCAUGCUAGGAUUCUCCUCAUAUGCAUAUCUAUUUGCGCUUCCAUUACUAUUCCAAUUCGUUCUCGGUGAUCUGCCUUCUCAAGCGGGACUUCGCCUUGCAAUCCCAUCGUUAUCAACUCCAGUUGGUGGGGUUCUCACUGGCCUCAUCAUGGGAAGAAAGGGGCCACCUGCUCUUCGUUAUCUUGUCUAUACCGGAACUUUUGUAAUGGCAGCAGGAAAUUUUAUCGUCCUUUUGGUAAAACCCUCAACACCAUCUAGACUUCUUGAUCUUAUGCUUAUCCCUGCAAAUCUUGGGCAAGGAAUGGCUUUUCCUUCUUGUCUCUUUACGUUUGUAUUUGCAUUUCUGGCCCUGUGUCAAGCAACUUCAACUUCUACUAUUUACUUACUGAGAAGUAUUGGAGGGGUAUGGGGAGUCUCUUGUGUGUCAGCAAUUAUUCAAGGUGCCUUCAAAUCUAACCUUUUAAGAGACUUGGAAGGUGAAGUUUCUCAAAAGGAGGUUGCGAGAAUCAUUCGUAAAAUCACUAAAUCUACUGACGCUAUUACUUCCCUCCCUCCAAGAUUGCAAGGUAUAGUCGCUCAAGAUUAUGAGAAUGCAAUUAGGCUUGCUCAAUUAUUCUCCAGUAUAUGCUGUACACUUGCAUUUGUGUUCUGUUUAAGUAGAGAUAUUUUGAAUGCGCAACCGAAAGGAAGAACUACAAGUGCUUAG